AUGAUUUUGCCCGAGCAGGUGAACCCUUGGUAUGCAGGAUUGUUGGCUGUCGGAGGCAUCAUGGGAUAUGCGAAAGCAGGUUCCGUCCCAUCUUUAGUCGCCGGUGUCGGUAGUGGAGCUCUUGUGGCUGCAUUCACAUAUCUGAAUAUACCGUACAAACACCUUGGCGUUGCA